AUGAUCAUCUACUCGCUUCUUAUCGCUUACACUUUCCAUCUGAUCAACGCCAUACCCGUGCCGAAUGGACAACUCGGCAGUGCAGAAGUCGAAUGUGGAGAUACAACAAUUGAGGUGGUAUUUUUGACUGAAGAUACAUUUAAAGGAAGAAUCUUCGUUAUUGGCCAUGCGAAUGACUCAAGAUGUUCCUCACGAGAUACUGGACGACGUACCACUUCGAUUAUCAUUAACAAAAACGAGUGUGGCGUGAUAACAACGAGAUCUAUAAACCCUCCCGGAUUGUUCUCUAGCGUAAAAGUUAUGAUCUCAUUUCACAACGAUUUCAUUACAAAGGUCGAUCGGGCCGUCGCCAGUUUCAAUGAACUAGCCCAGAUGCCUCGAUGUCGUUAUGAGGUGAUCAACCCGCAAACAAAGGAGACCGCUGAUGUGGUAACCGUUGGAAGCAAACUGCUUCAUCGGUGGAUAUGCGAGAGCACAACUCCGGAUCUUUGGUGCAUGACCGUACACUCGUGUCAUGUUGAAGACGACGCCGGAACGACGUUUUCAAUCUUGGAUGAGAGAGGGUGUUCUAUCGAUCGAUACCUUCUAGACAACAUCGAAUAUGGGCCAGGAGCGCUGCAGGCACAAAAGGAAGCACAUGCAUUCAAAUUUGCCGACAAAGUGGUGGUAAACUUCCAGUGCAGCGUACGGAUCGACAUUCGUGAUGGAGAAUGCCCGAUACCCAACUGCGCAGAACCAAUUGAACGGCAACGACUACGACCUCGGUCAGCUGGCUACAUUCGCGAGUUUCCGUUGCUGCAAAACGGUUCGGUAGAGUUAGACGUUCGAGCCCAGCAGUUCGACGUGCUGGAUCCACAAAUAGGUCAAACGCUUCAACAGCACAAACAGAAAGAUGAAAAUCUGAACGAUAAUUACAAGACCAACGGCUUCUCGAAAAACCCACCGCUUUUUCCACUUCUCUUCACUGAGGAAGAGCAGCAGGCCAGCGUCGCAUAUGGCUGA